AUGGCAGCGCUCCAUACGAGCGUGCUAGCCGAUACGGCGCUGGCGUCGCGCGUCUUUGCAUAUCAGAGAGGCGUCUACGAGAACUCUCUCACCGACCGCAUCUUGCGGUGCCGGCCGGACCUCGCUUCGGAAGACGCGAGCCUUUUGGCCUUGAGUCGCAACCACGUCGAUCUCGCCGAAUGGCUCUUGGAGAAGCGCUCGGCGAUGCCGGAGCUUCGUCGACGCGUGAACAUACUCGUACAGGAUGUUCCGUCCAACCGUGACCAGCACACUGUGUUCAGCCGCCUCUUCCAGAGCGAAGACCCGCGCGCGAUGCCGCUGCUCCUGCGCUUCAACCCGCACCCGAGCUCAUGGACGCAGAACGAACUUUCGAUUGCGGUCAAGUGUGGGCGGCUCGAGAUCCUCACCUUUGCGAUUCAGCACUUAGCAUGGAUUGCCAUUUCUGAAGAGGCAUAG